AUGUCCCGCCGACCGGCAGCAGGCCCCGACCGCAGCGAGCAGAACCGGGCCACGCUGAAACAGCUGGUCAAGCUCGAGGGGAAUAAGAGCUGCGGCGACUGCAAGCGUAACAAGCACCCGCGAUGGGCCAGCUGGAACCUGGGCGUUUUCGUCUGCAUUCGGUGUUCAGGCAUCCACCGCUCGCUCGGCGUACACAUCUCAAAGGUCAAAUCCGUUGACCUGGACACAUGGACGGAUGAGCAGAUGCAGAGCAUGCUACGUUGGGGCAAUGCCCGGGCGAACAAGUAUUGGGAGCACAAAUUGGCCGAAGGACAUGUGCCCAACGAGGCCAAGAUUGAGAACUUCAUCCGGACCAAGUACGACAGCAAGCGAUGGGUUAUGGACGGACCCAUGCYGGAUCCAAGCACGUUGGAUGAUGGAGACGUGGACGACGAUGUGCCGCUUAAUGUAGUGCAAGAGAAGGUCAAGCAGCGGGAGCGAGGUGCAAGUCUGAGGAAUGGGAGCGCUUCAGGCGGGAUCGCAGGGCCGCCGCGCGCGAGGCAGCAGGAGGUCGAUCUGUUUGGAGAUGACACUGGUUCUUCAAUGUCACAGCCUGCCAGACCUAGUACAACCGAGCCAUCCUUUAGUAGACCUGGACCACCAAAAGCACCAGCAGCACAGCCCAAGCAAACGCGUCCGGGCGAGAGCUUGCUCGGAUUGGACUUCUUUGGUGGUACGCAAUCUGCAGCACCGGCUCGGCCGUCGAGUACUGGACCAUCUACACCUGGAAUUGGUAACGGCAGAUCGGAUCUGAAGCAGUCGAUUUUGUCCUUGUACGCUUCGAAGCCAGUGGCAGCUGCACCGCAGCCUGCCGCGAACGCUUUCGGAGGUAUGCAGUCGUCCUCUCCUGCAGCUCAUCAGUCCAACGCCCAGUCAAUGAGCGGUAUGGAUGAUGCUUUUGGUUCGCUAUCAAUGUCUUCCAACACAGUGCAAUCCAAACCUGCGCCUUUCUCCAACUUUGCGCCUCCCGCGGGACACUCCAAGCAAUCUUCGAUACAGAAGUCGUCAUUGAGUGGAGGCAGCUUCUUCGACAUUAAACCAGCAGCGGCAGCGGCACCGCCYCCCAAGCCCAUAACAUCCCCAUCGUACGUUUCCCAGCAGCCGGRCAACAGCUUCGGAAACGAUUUCGGAGACUUCUCUUCUGCAUCGCCUGUGGCGUCGGUCAAAAGUCCCGCUGCAGCAACCAGCUCUAUGGGUGAUUUGUUCGAUAUGUCUGCACCAGCUCCACCUCCAAAGCCCGCUCCCAUCACAUCAGCAGGUUUCUCGAAGCCUGCGAGCAACUACUCUAGCAGCGCCUUCAACCUCUCCCAGCCCACGCCAGCACCUGCAGCGAAACCAGCAGCGAUCCAAUCAUCCAACUUCUCCAGCAUGAAUAACAUGGAUGCAUGGGGUAGCAGUGAUGCCUGGGCGACACCAGACCCCCCUGCGGCAGCACCCGCCAAGGCUGCUCCGCCACCACAGGCAUCCGCCUCGUCAUCUACCUUCAAGUCAACACCGGCACCUGUCAUGAACGACUUUGACUCUGGUUGGGGUGACCCAGCCCCUGCGCCUGCGGCCAGGCCUGCCGUUACGACGCCUGGCGCAAGCAACGGCGGCUGGGGCGAUUCUUCAGCUCCUGCUCAGUCAACUACCACUCCCAGUGCUGGUGGCUUCAGUGUGCAACAGGACGAGGAGUUUGGUGGAUGGUCGCAUGCAAGUCCCGUUGCCACAACUCCUGGCGCGAAGCAGGGCGGAAUGGGCGGAAACUCGGAUGAUCUGUUUGGUAACGUUUGGGGUUAG